AUGAUCGUGCUGGGCUGGAUACUUUUUGUUGGCCUUGCGUCCUACAUGGGCACAUUUCCAGAGGCGAUGCCUCCAACUCUAAAGUGGAAAGAGAGGCUAUCUGUUCGGGAGAACAAGGCACGACGAAGGGCUCAAGCUUUGGAGGAGGAGCUGCUCCAGAGUCAUGUGGAAUUGCCCCACAAUCCAAAUCCUGGCUACUCCCAACCCUCCACACUCCAGUCUCUAGCGUGGUAUUUCAUUUUCUGUUGCUGACUGUCCUCGA